AUGUUGGGGAAGAAGAUAGGCUCAGUCAAGAACCUAGCCAAGAUGGCUAAGGUUUGGAGUGGCACUGAGUCAUCGCAAUCUGAAUGGUUACUCAGGGACGAUGAAAAGCAGACAGAUGUGUCAUCUCACUGUUCUUCACCAUCCAAUACACCCCAAACUGGGUUUUUCACGCUUUACAUUGGGGAAGAAAGAAGAAGAUUCGUCGUCCCUACGAGUUAUCUGACUCACCCUCUAUUCAAGAUGAUGCUAGAUAAGUCGUCUGAGGAGUUCGGGUUCAGUCAAAAGAAUGGAUUGGUGGUUCCAUGUAGUGUCAAUGCUUUCCAAGAGGUGGUAAGUGUCGUGGAAUCUUGUAAUGGGAAAUGUGAUUUGAGUCAUUUGGUUGAGGAGUUUGUUUAG